AAGAGUAAAACAUAUCACCUUUGCAACAUGUUGUGGUGUAGACAGGAGCUGAACUAACGAAGAAAGAUUUUUCGGAAACGGAAAAUUUGUGAGAAAACAGGACCAGGAAAAUGGGUGACAUUCACAAGCACAUAUUUGAACUGAAGAAACACUGGGAGGAAAACAAAGAGUUGGAAGCUGUUAUAGUUGAUAUGUCCGACGAUGGCGCUACUAAUCAAGUGACCAAACCUGACAUUGAGGAGGACCAAAGAAGAUGGCUGAUCAUAAGUUUAUGUCUACAUAAUGCAGUUUCACCAGCUCUUAGAACGUACGUUAAGCCUAUCGUCGAAACAGAGUUCAAAAACUUCAAGAAAUCACACAAAAUUGAUGCCCAACAGUUUCCAAACUAUCUGAAGAAAUAUCCUCCUACGAAGAAAGAUAUGAACUAUGAAAGCAUAAACAACAACAAACAUGUACCGAAAGUCAAUAGAAAACCAGAUGUUGCAAACUUUGAUUUAUGUGUGAAGGAUGCUGUAGACUUUUCAAAGCUGUUCAUGCAAACUCAUAUGGCCCAUUAUACAGGAUUUGAUGAUACAUGUGACCAAAGUGCCCUUCUUGGAAUCAUUGCAAAUAUGGACUCAUUCCCACCGCUUAUAAAAGCAGCCGCUGACAAACUAAGAACAGAGGUGAGAAACCCAUGGGCUCACGUGAAUUUCACAGAAUGGGACACAGUAAAGUACCAGACUUGCUUUCAGCUGAUGACUCAAGUUAUCAAGAACAUGACAUUGCCUCGUGCUCAAGAAAUAGCCGUUCUUGAUCAGCUUACAAACUGGGAAUCGAACGGUAUGCAGUUACUAAAGGGAACCACGAUUGGGCUAGAAUUGCUUGAGCGCAUUACAGAGAAAACUAAGGCUCUGGCGACAUAUAUCAGGGGAAUGGGAAUGAUAAGUGAUGACAAUUUUGAGACCAGCAGAAAUGCUCUAGACAAAAUUUCCAUUUUGUUGUUUUCAUCUGUGAAAGAACUCAAACAAAAAAAUGCUGAACUGGAAUCUAGAGCAGAUAAACAAGAGACAAUAGUGCAACAAUUAUCAACGGAUGUUGAUGAUGUUAAAUCUGCAGUCGCGCAGUCCGAUGAAAAAAUUUAUCAAAUGCGACAAGCGUUUGAUGUAGUUACAAAAGAAUCAGAAGAUACGAGGGGACUGGUUCUGAACACCAAAUCUGAUAUUCUCCAAAAGGUAGAAGGAAUGGCAAAAGAAAUAGAAGAGACACACAAAGAUAUGAACACAUUAAAACGUAAUGAGUCACAUGAUAGGCCUCAACACAAACCAUUUUUCUAUCCUCCCAAUAGAUUACAAAACUUCAUAGGAAGAGACUUUGAGUUAAACGAACUGGAAACAAAUUUUGAAUCUAAUAAAGAGAAGGUAUAUACGCAGGUCAUUUGCGGGCUGGGUGGAAUUGGAAAAACUACUAUUGGCUCAGAAUAUGCUUGGAGGAGUGCAAAGUUCUACGAAGGGGGCAUUUUCUGGCUUGAGGCGGAAAAUAAUGAGUCAAUUGCAAAUUCGGUGCAAAAACUCGCUAUUGAUACCGGAACAACUGGACAAAAUGAACAAGAAACGCUGCACAAAACAACAAGAUGGUUAUCAAUGCUACAACAGAGGUGGCUUCUUGUUAUCGAUAACGUCGAUGCUGAUGAUAUAUCUGGCAUGAUAAGUGAACUACUUUUAGGACCUUGGAAACGAGGAUCAAAAGGACAUUUGCUUAUUACGACCAGACGUGAAUCUGCCGAGGCUGAGGAGGAUUUUCAAGUUUCAACAGAUUGCUGUCUCACAUUAGAAGUAUUCACAAAACAGGAGAGCAUCAACUUCAUGCAGAAGCGUACAGGCCUCGAUGUCAAAACUGAAUUGGCUUCCGUUGAAAGUAUAAUUGAAGAACUUGGCAGUCUGCCAUUAGCAUUGGAACAAGCGGCAGCAUAUAUAAAGGGUUUAAAGAGGUUUGGGUGCUCCUUCAAAGCGUAUCUUGAGAAGUUCAAAAAGCAAAGGCUGAAGAUCCUGAAAGUCAGUCAAAGAAACAAAGCCCGUCUUGCUGUUCAAACAACUUGGGAACUGAAUUUUGAAUAUGUCAAACAACAUUCUGAUGAAAGUGGGGUUGGCGAUGCAGCUGUAACAGUUAUGUUCAUAUCAGCGUUUUUGUUUGCAGAUGAUAUUCCACAAGCGUUGAUGAAUGUUGGGUCGCCAGAAAAUAUUACUGAUGAAAAUUUGUGUGGAAUAUUGAAUGAUGAUAUUGGUCCUAAGCAAAUAAUGGAAAUUCUUACAAGGUUUUCUUUGUUUAAACAAAACAACUCUGAAAGUAUCUCUGUCCACCGAUUGGUUCAAGAGAUUGUUAGAGAAAAGGUGACGGAUACGAUGAAUCAAAAAGAUACCCUACGGAAUGCAGCAAGAAUGGUUCACUUUGCACUUUGCCAUUGCAAAUCACCAGCGGAUGUAUUGAAAUCAGACAGCAUUGAAAGGGGAUCACUUCGAAUGUGGAACAGAUUAGCUUUACAUGCAAAUGUUCUUAAAACAUACAUUCUAAACUUUUCCAAAUUGAAUAGUAAUGAAAUGGAUGUUUGUUUCAAUUUGGAGACUGCAUAUUUGCUGCAAUCUAGCGCAAUUUACCACAGUCUGUUUCAAAGACAAGAUGAAGCACUUGCUGCACAGGACCAGAUGCUUAGUAUUCUAACUAACGCCAGAAGUGAAGUACCAGACAAAACUUGCAGAGAGUUGACAUUUGUAAAAAUACCUCUUCUGUCAGAACAGAAGCUUCUGAUCGAGAAUGCAACGUCAGCUGUUAUCACAGACAUGGGUCGUCAAGAGGAAGAAAAUAAGCCAUUGAUUGCUGUUGAUGUGGAGGGUCUUCGUAUCAAAGGAAAUGAGGAGUUCAAGGAAGGACAUUAUUCAAAUGCCAUUCAGUACUACACAGAGAUAGUGAGAAGCACCAGUAAAACACAAUUAGAUGCAAAAAUCCUUUCAAACAGAAGUUUGGCGUACUUCAAAAGCAUGGAUUAUCAAAAAGCAUUAAAAGAUGCAGAUAGAAGUAUUCAAAUCGAUCCUACAAAUUGGAAAGCUUAUUGUUGGAAGGCUUAUUCUAUUGCCUAUUUGAUAAAGCUUGGACAGCUUGAUCAACAUUGGGAAUCGGUUGUGCUAGCGGCUGCAUCUAUUGCGGGGUAUUAUAACAAGGAUUGCUUAAUGGAUCUCAAAAUGAGAAUCGAGUACCCAGGUGUGAGAUAUAAAUUGAUUGCAAACGAAAAUGAGCUUACUCGCGAAAUAAGUUCUUUGAGGAAUAUGCCAUACACAACCCUACUACUGAAGGAAGGUGUCUAUACAUUUGGUGGACUGACUGUGUUCACAAAAGGUGUCCAGAUAAUAGGAAUUGAAGAUUCCGUUGAAAUAAAUGCAAACAACUUUCAACUGGCAUUGCAAAAUUUUUCUAUGUCUACAAUACCAAGCCAUGUGUCAUUUCACUUUGAAAAUGUCACAUUUGUUGAAAACUCUAAGCAAGUUAUAGUAAAUCAAAAUGUUGUGGCAACAUUUUUACGCUGCACUUUUAGAAACGGAAAAAAGGCAUGCAAACACUAUCCAAAUUGUGAUGGAAAAGAAGGUUGCAGAAACGAGCGAAAGGAAGAAUGCGCGGAACAUUUCAAAAUUAUAGAAAGCAAAAGUAAUGUCAGUGGAUUCCCUGGCAAUCCUGGUGUUGUUGCUUAUAAUGGUGGAAAGGUUUAUCUGGAGAACUGUAAAUUAAUACGAUGCGGUGGUGGUGGUGCUUUGAGUGAUGGAAACGGAUCGUUAAUGAACGUUCAGAAUUGUCAGAUUUUGAAAAUGCACAACAUGGGAGUAGAGGCUAGAAAUGGAGGCAAGGCAGCAGUAAUUGGGUGUGAAAUUCGCGAAAACCAAUCCCAUGGCGUUGGAAUUGGCCCAAUGGGAAGGGGUUUCGUUUCCGGAAAUACGAUCAGCGGCAAUGGGCGAGAGGGAAUAUGGGCUGGUGGAAUCUUAGAUUUCAGCAUUGAUGGAGAAAAGGCAGGAUCAACCCAUCCUUCGGGUGGUUCGAUAUGUACAAUUAUCGAAAACAUCAUUUGUAACAAUGGCAUGUCAGGAAUAUCAUUUGAUGGGGGUUUUUAUACCGUCAGAGGGAACAGAAUAUUUGACAAUUGGUGUUGGGGAAUAAUGGCCAAAUCCAGAUCAAGCGUCGAUAUAGAAAAUAACGACAUUUUCAAGAACAAAUGCGGCGGAAUAAGAAUUGGAAUUAAUUAUUCAGCGGUUGUAUUUAUUGAUGGCAAUACAAUCAGAGACCAUACUGGCCCUGGUCUCUUCUCUCUUAAUUCGCACGAAAAAGAUUCCUUACCAUGGCAUCGAGAUGUGAAAAAAACUCGUCUAUAAACUUCCUGGGAUGAUAGAAGACGAGGUAGAACAGUACUCAGUUCCGCCUAUCAUGACAACCAGAAAUAUAUUACGAGACAACGAACGAGUCCAGC